CCCCCCGGAGGUUCAUGGGGACCCGCUGAGAGGCGGCUUGGUGGCUGGUGGUCAUAAUGUCGGGCAGAAAGCCUCGGUCUGUGGCAAACCCCCUGGAGUCUGCGAUCACUACGCCGGGGGAAAGGAUCCUGAAAGAAUGCCACAGUCUGUAUGUCGACAGCGAAAACGGCCUGGUGAAGAUUGCCAGCAGCCUGGGAGUGUGUCUCCUGCCUCCCAGAAAGAAGAUAAUAGUGAUGAUAAUGGGUAACCAUUCUGCAGGGAAGAGCUCCUUCAUUAACUGGUAUGUUGAAGAGCACAUACAGAAAGCUGGCGUCGCCAUCGAAACUCAGGGCUUCACGUUCAUCACAAGUGGGCGUAAAAGAGAAUCACUGACGGGAAAUGCAACGCUACAUCUCUACCCUCACUUUCGGCCGCUCCUUGAGUUUAAAGGUGUUACAGACUAUCUGUCUGCUGAGAUCUCCACCUCCAAACAGAAGAAGUUCAGUCUGGUUACAUUUGUGGACACGCCGGGUUUGGUGGACGGGGACAUGGUCUACCCUUUUAAUGUCAACAGCGCCAUCACUUGGCUGGGUGAACAGUCUGAUUUGGUGUUUGUGUUCUUCGACCCGAUGGGUCAGGCGCUCUGCAAGCGCACACUCAACAUCGUGGAGCAGCUGAGUGAGAAAUGUGGAGACAAACUGCUGUUCUAUCUCAGCAAGGCAGAUGAAGCCGGGAAGGAAACGGACAGGCAGAGGGUAAUGAUGCAGAUAGUCCAGGAACUGUGUCGCCGUCCAGGUCUUAACAAAUGUGGUUUUGAUAUGCCUACUAUAUACAUACCCAACCCACAGAAGCCAAGCCGCUGUGUGAACCAGAUCGAUGGAGUGUGUCAGACCAUCGAGAAGACCAUAAACCAGGCUGUUCAGAAGACUUUGGAUCAGCUGGAGAAAGACUGUGACCUUAUCUGUUCCACAAUCAGCAGCAGAAUUGAGAAAGACAGGGCUGACGCGACGCACAACAAAAGCGUCCGUCUUCACUCGUUCCUCUGUGGGGCACUGGGCAUUGUCCUCCCUACCCUCUUCAUCCUCAGCUUCAUUGUGAACACCAUCUCCAAAGAGCAGCUGGAUGAGCUGCUUGGUGAAGGGCCGGCUCGGACGGUUUCCAUCUUCACAGGAAUAGUGAUGUUUUUAUGGGACUGGAUACCAGAAGAUGGACAAGUUGUGUUUGUCCUCAUCUUUGGAGCUUUUUGCUACCUUCUGCUGUUCCUAGCAAAGUACUUUGCAGGCCGGGGGAAUAAGACUCUGACGAAGAAGGAGAAGAAGUUGAUGGCAGAGUACAAUGAAUAUAUCCAGGACAUCGUCAAAACAAAGAAGGGGAAACUGUAUGAAUGGUACCUCCAGCAGUGCGCAGCAGAAUAUGACCUCUGACCCCUGGGUAAACUGGAGACUGUUUCAAGAUGUGUCUUGAAUGCCACAUUAUGUAACAUUUGCUACUUAUUGUGGUUUCAGGUGGAAUUUUGAAGAGAUGAGCAUCCACCAAAUAAUGUGAUGUUUAUCCUUUGAGUUAGCAGGUGUUACCUCUAAUGCUGCAGAGUUCACUGCCAACAUUUCUCAUCUCAAGAGUUUCAAUAUUCAAAAUCUCAAAAGGGCUUUUAUACGUCAGUACAGGAGAAACUGUGAUUGUAGUCGUUUGACAAAAAACUCAGAAUGUGAAUUUUUAUAGCACAGUUAUGUCAAACGUACACAUUAGUGUUUGCAAAAGGAUUUUUUCUUAAUCUCCAAAAGGAACUUGUGGCCAGCAAGUGUUUCUUCUAGGAUGAAGCCUGUUCUUGUUGUCGUCUUGUUCCUCAAAUCUCAUCGCACCGUCCUGAAGUCAUGUUGUGUGUGCAAUAUAAGAGAAGGCCCUAUAUAUAGCAAUACUACAACAGCUGAUGCUCUGAAAACUUCCCGGGCAUUACAGUCAGACUUUUCAUCACAUAUUGUUUUAUAUAAAUAAGAGCUUUAAGCUGUCUCCUGCCUCCAAAUAUUCUCUAAUCUACUGUUGUUUUUAAAUAUGAACAAUGACUAGUGGUCAUAUUUACAUGAACCACAGUCCAUUAUGUGACUGAAAUACUUUAAAUACAACAGUGAAUUUUAACUGGUGAGCAAUAAUGUCUAUUUACAGCACUGAUAUGUAUCUUCCAGUCGUCACUGAGCCUACUCAUGUUUACAGUACCUACAUGAAAAACUACUUUUAAGACUACACCACCAUUCACUGCCUUCACUCCAAUGUUUGUACGUAGACAAAUAAUGUACACAACCUCUACGGCCUGAACACGAUCAGUUUGUGUGGUGUGUGUGUAAGAUGCUUAGAAAAGAGAUGCUUCAUUUAUUUUUAAAUUGUGUGUGACUUAACAUAUUCUGUCGACAUCUUCCAAAAAUUGUUCUUAUAAGAAAGUUUGACUUACCUGGCUUUUCUAGAAAUCUUUUUUUUUUUGCCAUUAAAGCCUCAAAGAAAGAAACAUGUUAUGAAGCUGCACGCUGUGCUCUUUUACAUCCUUGAAUCUUAUUAAACAUUUCCUAUGACUUGUAAA